GGGAUUGCACCUGGCAAUUGCGUCAAGUGCGAUACCAUUCCGAAGGACAACGUUCACGAGGAAAUGUAUAAAUGCACAGACUCGGUUGAACUCCUAUGCAGAGCCAACAUGGAAGCAUCAGCGCUCAUCAUCUUUUCCUUCUUGCUUUUUCCCUAUGCACUGAGCGAAGAAGGGGAGAAGGAGGUCUACCAUGAUCCCCCUUCGUUCCCAUCGACCGAUUGGCAUGGGGGUCGGCAUCCUCCUACAUGCGGAACCAGGAAGCAGCUCUCACCGGGGCAGUCCUUCCCCAUCGUCAGCGUGAAUCGCCCCGAAAGGCACGAUCAUUAUUCUUUUUGCUCCUGGAGGUUCAAGUGUUCAGAAGACAUGGCGCUUCAGUGCUCUUCUUUCCAACUCCCGCAAUCACGCGGGUGCCGGGAGUCCGCCUUCGUCUAUAAUGGUAGAAGGCUUUGGAACAACGCCGACAACCACACAACCGACAACCACACAACCGACAACCACACAACCGACAACCACACAACCGACAACCACAGAGCCCAUAACCACACAGACGACACCCUCCUCGGCUACCUGUACGGCAAGAGAUACGUAGGAAUCCAAGCUGCUAACGAGACCGAUUUGGACCGAAUCAUCGGUGGAACUCCAGUUCCUAAUCAAGGGAAGUACCCGUGGAUGAUCCACAUGACAGACUUGAGCUUUUUCUGUGGGGGAUCCCUCAUCAACGAUCGAUACGUCCUCACUGCUGCCCACUGCAUUGGCUCAAAGCGAGUUCCUUCGACCAAAACAUUUUUCGUGACACUGGGAGACCUAGACCGGUCGACGACGUCCGAGAGCGAGUCGGUGCAAAUCAAAGCCACUGCGAUCGUCUUCCCGACGUGGGACCCGAACAACUUCUCCAAAGAUGACAUCGCGUUGCUCAAGCUCGAAACUCCGGUGGACUUCCAGCGAUUUCCCCACAUCCGUCCCAUCUGCCUUUCCUCCAGCGCCAUUCCCGUUGCGGGAGAAACGGUCACGGUCGCUGGGUGGGGCCGGACGAACGAGGGUGGAACGACUGGACCUGUCUCGGAGAAGUUGAUGGAAACUACGUUGCAGGUUAUCAGUGAGGACACUUGCAGAGGUUUUUUCGGUUCCAUCAUCACCAACAAUAUCGUCUGUGCUCAGCAAGCUGGGAGAGACAUCUGUCAGGGUGAUUCUGGAGGUCCGUUGAUGCAAAAGACAGCAACCGGGUUCUAUCAGUGCGUCGGGGUCAACUCAUUUGUGGCGACCGGCUGCCUGAGUCAAUUUGGAGGCGGAUUCACGAAAACAGCGAAUUACGUGGACAGCUUCAUCAAGGCCAACACCCAGGAUGCCGUAUGGUGCUCCGUGCCGUAACUCCUGAUGUGCGUGACCAGAAAUGGAUCUACUACAUCCAUGAAUAAAGAGCUGUACGCUCGAUGCCGACUUGAAAA